GUAUUAAACAUGCAACAUGGCUGCUGAAAAUGGGCAUGCUGGAGAGGUUGUUGGUUUGCCAAUUUUGGCUUUUAAACGUCAAAACCAUCAAGUAGAAUUGUUUUAUCUUGCCCUAAAACGUGAUAGCACUUUAAUUAUAGCUGAAAAGUCGUCCAACACAUUUAUCUGCUUUCAAGUUAUCAAAGAAUUCCUGAAGAAUGAAAGUAAAAAAUGUGCUGCAGUUUUGACAGAUGAAGCACACGGUAUGGAGCUGGCUCCUGAUUUGAACAACAUGUUGACCAAAGUGCAGAAGAUUGAAACGAUUCUAAAUCCAAAUUUUGAUAAAACUCCGCUAUCCACUGAAAACAACUCAAAGGUUUUGCUGAUGUCUUUCAAGUAUUUCCUUGAUUGCCUCUUACAGGGAAACAUUAAUGCUUGUGAUUUAUCAGUUGUUCUUAUAUUGACGACCGUCUUCAAUCACUCAUACAUUGAUAGUGAUGCAUUUCAAAAAUUUCGCGAUAGUUUGCCACAUGUAAGAAUAAUAGUGACAGUAGAACUGCGUUUGUGUAAUAUUCACAAUGCAUCUAAACUCAAAUCUCAGCUUGUUCAUAUUGAGAACAUAUAUAAACUGCCUAUAUUUAUGUCUAAGGAUGUUCUUGCUAUGAAUGACUUUGGUGAGGAGAUAAUUGUGAAAACCUUGUCUAAUGACCAAAACAAUUUUCAUGAAAUUGAGAAGAACACAUUUCAAACGUUGAAUUAUAUUCUUAAUAUCUUAUGUGACAUGAUUAUUGGAGAAAUGAAAUUAAUCAUGGAACUUCGAUCAGUUGUCCUUUUGGCUAUUGAUGUCUUCAUAACCUUAGGAUUGAAACGGUUUUUUUUCAUGAUGGACAUUGUUCAGAACACAUUUUCUAAUAUCUUAGAUAAAGAGAAAGACAUGUACGGAAGACUAGCCGUCCAUUGUUGUCAAACACAAUUUGAUUACAUUGAGAAACUCGCCCGUCAGUAUAAAACGGCAAAUUCUUUUAUAAUUGACGACAUUUUAAAGGAAUUGAUACCUUAUAAAACAUUGUCAUUUACACACAAAUCAUGUUGUGAAGGUAAAAAUGCUGAGGAAAUACAACAUGAAAGAGCGAAAAUAGAAGAAAGCAAAUCCGAGAAAACGAAGAACUGGUCGUUAUUCGGCUCGUCGGAUGUUCAUCUGGAGAGACAGUUUGAAAAAAUCAAAGAUAAAACACUUUUUCGUUGUAUUGUUGUGACACGGACCAACGUUAUUGCAAGAAGUUUGAGUCAAAUGAUCAACAUGAUGGCAUCCACUGACGAUAAAAUUAAUUUCCUCAAGGCUGGUUUUGCUGUUCAACGCAAAACUGUUUCAUCUCUUGAUGAAGAAGAACGAACAGAAAGCGUUUUGCAGGCCGUUUAUGAAGGAACUAUUAAUGUGCUUGUUACCACAGUGGAUUUAAUGUCAAAUAUUUCUUUGACAACAUUCAAUAUUUUGGUGUAUUUUGGUUUACCGUCAAGUUACGAGGAAUACUAUCAUUUAAAACGAAAAGUUCGUGGUUUAGCUCCGAAACUGAUUUUGAUCAGUAAAGGAGAUGGCUUGCCGCAGAAGCACUCCAAAUUACAGGAGUUUCACGACAUUGAAAGUGUUAUUGCAGAAAAGGUUCAAGAUUAUAUAACUCAAGCCAACAAAAAAGAAUUUCUGAAUCAUCCAGAGACGACGAUUUCUGAGCUGACGUAUUCACCAUUUGGUGAGUCUGGACCAACGAUCACAAUGCAGUCCAGUAUUUAUCUUAUUCAUCGUUUCUCUCGGCGGAUGAACAAAAACGCCUUUGGUCAUUCUAACGCGCAGUUUAUGACAUGCGCAAAUGAGACAUUGGGAGACUGUGUCGAGUUCGUUUCGAAUCUUUAUUUUCCCUUAAGUAGCAGCAGGUGCUAUACCUUUAUCGAGGGUGCUCCAGUUUUCGUCCGCAAAAACAUUGAAGGUCAUAUGCAGCUAGGUAAGUUAAAGUCCCAAAUGGUGACUGCAUUGGCUGCUGUGAAGAUGCUGCACGCUCGCGGUCAACUUGAUAGCGAUCUUGACCUGAUUAGAGAACAAUAUGUUGGUGUUGACUCUGAUUUGAUAGAAGACUUUGCGUUGGAGGAUGAAGGCAAAGGAAGAGCUGGAACAAACAAACGGAAGAGAGCUUAUGAAGUAAAGGUAAAGUGUUGGAAACUAAUGUAA